UCAAUAAUAAAAAGAUGAUUGUAACUUCUUCUGAACUUGGUAGUUUUUAUGAAAAAACAUACAUAAGAAUUAGUACAGCUCCAGCAAGGCCUUUAACAUAAAUAGAAUAAUUUAAAAGAUCUUAAGAAUUUUUGUUAUUAGAAUAGGCAGUAUUAUGCUCAUAAAACUUAGUUUAAAAAAACUAUCAAAAAUAUGACUUAGAUUCAUAAGAUGGAUAAAAAGCAUGCAGAAGAUUAUUAUAAAUAAUAGAGAAAUUAUGCGAAGUAAAUAAUUUAUUAUUUUAAUAAAAAUAAAAAAAAAUUAUAAUAAAAAGAUUUUAUAAAUAUAAACAUUAUGCAGAGAAUAUCGAAAAUAAUUUUCUAAAGCAUAUAAAAUUCUUUUUAAAGAUAACGAACUAUGUUAUUUAACUGAAAUAUUAGAUAGUGCAUAAGAAGGAUUUCCUUAUCUAUGGGUAAAUGGUGAUAAAUAUAUAUUUUCAAAUGAAGUAUUAAAUGCAGGUUAAUAAUUGCUUGAUUAUUUUUUCUAAUUAUAAUACAUAAUGAGAAGUACAUACAGUAAAAUUUGCUAAGAAAGUUGUACUUUUUCAAUUUAACAAAUAAAAGACCAAAUUAUAAAUUCUAUUGAAAAAUUUGAUUAAAUAUGGGUAAAAUUUGAAAAGUCGUAUGUAUUAGAAUUAAUGCAUAUAGAAAAUGAUGCAAGAAGAUAUAUAUAAAAAGCAAUAGAAAUCGAGUAAGAAUUAGAAUCGAUAGAAAUACGAGAAAAAAUAAAAGGAAAAAAGUUUAUAUUUAACCAAGAUAUACAUAAUUUAUACAAAAAAUUAUGUAAUAUAAUAAAUUAAUUAAAUUCUGUUGCAAAUAUAGAAGGAAAAGGACGAGACGAUCUCUAAUUUGAAGUUUUAUAAGAAAGUGAAUGUAUUUUAAGAAAAAUAACAAAAGAAUAAAGUUAGGCAGUACGAUAAUUAGCAGAAAAUAUAAAGAAUUCUUUCCAAAAACUAAGAAAAUUAUUUUUAAAAUAUUAAUAGAAUAUGGAAAUGGUAGACCCUUAAUUAAAAAAUAAUAUCGAUUUAGUCGAAGCAUUAUUUGAAUAUGAAUAAAGUUGGGAAAAAGGGUAAUCUUAUUUUCUUGACCCUAAAAAGUUGAGUUAUUUAGUACACUUUUCUCAUAUAAUAGAAACCACAGCUUAAAAAUAUAAGCAUUUUUCUGAAUAAGUGGAAUGUAGGGAUGCUGAUAUUUUUCUUAAUAUUCCUUGCUUGAUGAUUCUUAAAUGUUUGAAUAAUGAAGACAAGAAUAUCUGUGCGUUUUUUUUACCUUAAUUAUUUUAAAAUGAUGGAAACAAAGUAUUCUUAAUGCUUGAAGAACUUAAAAAGGAAUUUAAUGAAUGGAAGGCUGGACAUACUAGGCUUUAUGAGUUCCAUAAUAUUCUUGAAAAAAAUUUGCUUGGAAUUUAAUUGAGUGUAUAGGAUUAAUUUGCAAUUGAGUUUUGUAAAUAAUAAAUUGAAAAUAUGAUACAUAAAAUUAAAUAAUUAGCUAUGGAAUUAUAAAGAAAGAAUCCUUCUGAAUGGAAUAGUUUCCUUGAUGCGGCUUUGUGUGAAUCUCUAAAUUGA